AUGCCGAUUGAGAUUCACACUUCGACUGAAUUUCAUACUGCAAUUGCUGAGAAACAAUUGACACUUGUCCAAUUCUCUGCAACGUGGUGUGGUGGGUGUAAAAUGAUCGCUCCAAAGGUGACGAAACUAAUGGAGUCGGACUUUCCUGACGUUAAAUUUCUCAAAGUGAGUGCAGACGAAAUGGAGGAUUUCUGUGAAGAGAUUGAUGUCGAUAGUUUCCCGACGUUUCGUGUGUAUAAGAAUGGUGAAGUGGUGGCAUCGUACGUGAGCUCCAAGUUUGACAAGGUCGAGCAGUUUAUCCGCGAACAUGUGCAGUAA